GGGUCAUAUUGCGCAGACUCAGGGUUUUCAACGCGGUUACACCGACUCUUGAGACAAUAGGGGAGUUUGUGUCGGUGCGCCAAAUGAAUGAUUUUUUUAUUAUGUUGAUUAUUUUUUUCUCAAUGUAAUAGUUACAUAUUCCUAUUUUUAUUGUUGAGGAAGUUGUAUAUUGUGGUGGCAUUCCUUAUCUUGUAAUGCUACGACGGACAUCGGCGGGCACAGGUGCGAGCAGAUGCUCUGUUUGGAGUAUUGGAAAGCUCAAGGAAUUUAUGUAACACGUAGACUGAGACACCCAGUGGUUUGUUUUUGUCGGCCACUAUUGGUAAAUGUUCUUCACAUGGGCUUUUUAAGGAUUGUCUGCAACAACGUUUUGGCGUUGGUGUCAGUGACCGGUGUUUUCGUAGGCUAUUGAAGAUACUCUUCCUUAUUGGUUACAAGGUUGGGCCUUGGAAAUGGGAUUCCUAUCCCACUUGAGGAAUAUAAAGGAAGAAAAGGAAUCCUGAAGCUGCCACUGAGUUGAAGAACAUGUCAGGUGCGACAUCAGCAAUUCAGGCUGUGCAGGGCCCUGUCAAUCCACCACCACCAGAAGUCACAAAUCCCAACAAGCCUGGGCGGAAAACCAACCAGCUGCAAUAUAUGCAGAAUGUAGUGGUAAAGACACUGUGGAAACAUCAAUUUGCAUGGCCUUUUUACCAGCCAGUAGAUGCUGUAAAAUUAAAUUUGCCAGUAAGCAUUUUCUGUUUUAUUCCUUUUGCAUGCUGUGGGUUACUUUUUUUUUUUUUUUCCUUUUAUAAUAUUGACUCUGAACAUGUAUGCAUUUAUAGGAUGGGGCUGUUCAAAAGCCCAAGGAUUCCCACUGAUGAUAUAGUGCUUAUGGCUCAAGCUUUGGAGAAGAUCUUUCUUCAGAAAGUAGCUCAGAUGCCACAGGAAGAAGUGGAGCUCUUACCUCCUCCACCCAAGGGCAAAGUUCGAAAAACACCAACACAGAAUCCAGGUACACCACAGUCGAACACAAUGUCUUCAGUGACUCAGCCAGCUGCCUUUACGAAUGUCCCUCCAGCAGUGACGCAGACACCAGUCAUAGCUUCAACACCAGUGCCAACAAUAACCCAGACUGCCGCACCUAUAGUGGCUUCUCCUCCCCCUCCUCCUGCUACUGCUGCUACCCCUCCUGCUGCCCCAGUAAUGCCAGUAGUUCCUCCUGCACAACCUGUUAUUAAGAAAAAGGGAGUGAAACGAAAAGCAGAUACAACUACACCCACAACAUCUGCAAUUACAGCAAGUCGAAGUGAGUCACCUCCACCUGUUCUAGAUACAAAACAAGCAAAAGUUGUUGCUAGACGAGAGAGUGGAGGACGGCCAAUUAAACCACCUAAAAAGGACCUUGAAGAUGGGGAGAUUCCACAGCAUGCAGGGAAGAAGUGCAAGUUAACGGAGAGUCUCAAGUACUGUGAUAGCAUCUUGAAAGAGAUGCUCUCCAAGAAACAUGCAGCUUAUGCUUGGCCGUUUUACAAGCCUGUUGAUGCUGAGGCUUUGGAACUGCACGACUAUCAUGACAUUAUUAAACAUCCCAUGGAUCUUAGCACUGUAAAAAAGAAAAUGGACAACCGAGAAUACUUGGAUGCCCAGGGAUUUGCAGCAGAUAUUCGGUUAAUGUUUUCUAACUGUUACAAGUACAAUCCUCCAGACCAUGAAGUUGUUGCUAUGGCCCGAAAACUCCAGGUAAUGCAGUUUUUAGCUUGUACUUCUGUAUUUACUGAGUAA